AUGAGAGAAUGGGUUGCUUUACAUCAGAUAUUGGAAGUCUAUGAAAAAGCUUUUGGACAACAACUCAAUCGAGACAAGACCUCACUGGUUUUCAGUUGGAACACAAAGCCAGCUGCAAAAGCCUAUUUAAUGGAGGUGGCAAGGUUACUAGCUACUAUGAAAAUGGAAAAGUACCUAGGUCUCCCUUCUCUCAUUGGACGAUCUAGGGCGGCUACCUUUAAGGGUAUUGUUGAUAGGGUUGGUCAGAAACUUGGUAACUGGAAAAACCAAUUUCUUUCACAAGCUAUGAAGGAGAUACUUUUUAAGGCUGUUCUUCAGGCCAUUCCCACUUAUUACAUGAGUGUGUUUUUACUCCCUCUUUCCCUAUGCAGGAAGCUAAUUCUUUAUUUGCUAACUUUUGGUGGGACCACCAAGACUCUCAACACAAAAUCGAUUGGAAAAGCUAUCACUUAUUGA